CUUUGUUUAGCCCGACGAACAGACGGCGUCGUGGCUCCCUUUUAAUCACUCGUGUUUCCUCAUAGUAUUGACGUCUACAAGGAAGGACUGAAGGAGCUCAGCUCACCCUCUCUCAUCCCGUGAGGAAUUAGAGAGUACAUCCAUGACGACGGAGACUGCAAAAUGCGAGCGCUUCCAUCGAGCUCUAUGUGAGUGUCACAAGCGUAUCCCAGCAGGUCCAACCAGAGAUUCUGCCUGUCGCCAUUUGAAUCGUUCACUGGCACAGUGCCUCGUAUCUGUGGCGUGUCCUUCCGAAUCAGAAGUUGUUCGUAGUCUCUGUUCCAGUGGUGAUUUCAGGAGUAGUCAAGGCUGUACUUUGGAAGCAGCAUUUACUGUCAAGCAACAUAUCCCGUUAUCUUUUCCAAGAUAUUUGCAGGCUCACGAAACAGUUGCUGAGGAUCACGCGACUGUUUGUGGAUCACAGUUAUGGGACCUGUGUUCCUUGACAAUGGUGUGCAAGGCCCCAUAUAGCGAUGCCUAGCCUUGUAUAGAGCUUUCGGAUUGGAACUGGUUGUUUGGCUGAGUACUCAUAACUGGAGAGUAAUCUCUGGAGGCUGAGGCGAGUUGUUUGGAAUUCUUGGAUGUAGAAAUUUACAGUCACAUUUCUAUUCACUUUGUGGUCUAUGGGAAGUAUUGGUGCAACCUGGUGAUGGUUAAAUGAACACUUCUUUCUUGUCUUCUUGCAAGCUUAAUUAAUCAUAUUAAAUGUUGUGGGUUGCUGCGUUCCAGUGGAUUCAGUAUA